GAAAUCUACUCUCUAGAGAAUAAUUAUUCUUUGUUUGAUGAAAAAAAAUAAUUAUUAUAUUAAAUUAUAAUGAUAUGUCAAACAAAUCUCAUUAUUGUAUUCAUUUGCGUUUUUUGAAAAAUUAAUAUCAAAAGAUUUUUAUCCUUAAAUAGAUAAUUAUAAAAAGGAAAUAAUAAUUUAUAUCUGAUAAGGAUUAUAAAGGAAUCAACUUCAAAACGCGACACAUAUGGAGAUAGAUCCUACUUUAUCUGAUAAAAGACUGCAUUGCCAAGGAGCGAAAACCAUAACCGCUUGAAAUCAUAAUAUCAUCAAUAUUGAGAUGGUUACUAAACGCCGUCUUAUUUUAGGGAAGCUCGUCUCCCUCAUAGGCUUGCUGGCUCUUGCUGCAUCAGCGAUGAUGGCUCAUUCUGAUGAUGAAAUCCCAGCAAACUUUAGCCGUAGCUAUUUUCCAAAGGACUUCAUCUUCGGGACAGCCACUUCUGCUUACCAGAUUGAAGGAGCAGCAAACAAGUUUGGCAGAGGACCUAGUGUUUGGGACACAUUUACCCAUCAGUAUCCAGAAAGGAUAAGGGAUCACAAAAAUGGAGAUGUUGCUGUUGAUUUCUAUAAUCGCUACAAGGAAGAUAUAAAAAAUGUCAAGAAUAUGGGUUUUAAUGCUUUCAGAUUCUCUAUUUCAUGGCCGAGAGUUAUACCUACUGGAAGGAUUCACUAUGGAGUGAAUGAGGAAGGGAUUGAAUUCUACAACCGUGUAAUUAAUGAAACUAUUAAGCAAGGUCUACAACCUUUUGUUACCAUUUUUCACUGGGAUACUCCUCAAGCCUUGGAGGAUAAGUAUGGUGGCUUUUUAAGUAAGAGAAUUGUGAAAGAUUAUCGUAAAUAUGCAAAUCUUCUCUUCAAAAGAUUUGGUGAUCGAGUGAAAUAUUGGAUGACUUUUAAUGAACCAUGGGCUCUCAGUGGAUUUGCUUAUGAUUCUGGGGUUUUUGCACCGGGCCGAUGCUCAUCUUGGGUGAAUAGUCAAUGUCGUGGUGGAGACUCAUCUACUGAACCUUACAUAGUUGCGCACAAUUUACUCCUUGCUCAUGCUACAACAGUAAAAUUAUAUAGAAAAAAAUAUGAGACAACUCAAAAGGGCAAGAUUGGGAUAACACUCUUUACUUUUUGGUAUGAACCUCUCUCCAAUAGAGGAGCUGAUAUAAAAGCACAUAAAACAGCCCUUGAUUUCAUGUUUGGAUUGUGGAUGAAUCCUAUGACUUAUGGUCAAUACCCAAGCAUUGUGCAAGAUUUAGUUGGAGAUAGAUUGCCCAAGUUUACUAAAAAAGAAUCUCACUUGCUUAAAGGAUCAUAUGAUUUUGUUGGGAUACAAUACUACACUUCAUAUUUUGCAAAACCAAAUGCUGUAAUGGAUCCAAAACAUUUGAGAUACAAAACCGAUAGCCACAUUAAUGAAACACCUUAUGAUUAUGAUGAUAAACUCAUCGGUCCACAAGCUUACUCACCUUGGUUUUACAUCUUUCCGAAAGGUAUUCGACAUCUUUUGAAUUACACCAAGCAUGCAUACAAUAAUCCAGUAAUUUAUAUUACUGAGAAUGGGGUUGACAAUUACAAUAAUGAAACCCAACCCAUAAAGGAAGCACUUAAAGAUGAUUUCAGAAUAGACUAUCAUCGAAAGCAUACAUGGAAUGCGCUUAAAGCUAUCAACGAGGACAAGGUUAAUGUCAAAGGUUACUUUGCAUGGUCAUAUUUGGACAACUUCGAAUGGAAUAUUGGAUAUACUUCAAGGUUUGGUCUGUACUAUGUAGACUACAAAGAUAACCUGAAAAGAUACCCCAAGCAUUCAGCUUUAUGGUUCUGUCAAUUUCUUUCUCGGAAUACCAAGUUAUGUCCUACUCCACUAUAAAUUCGUGCAGAUCACCAAGAAUUUUUCAGAGGCUGGCGAAAAUAAUUAGGCUGUGCUUUGUCUGCUCAGUUCCAAUGACUUUUGAGUCUUUUGCAUAGGUUGGGCAAUGCGUUAUGUAAUGGUCUUGGAUGUGAUCACUGAUCAGUUACGUAGUCCAAUAUUUAGUGGUAUUGUGUCUUUGGAUUCAAUCGUUCUCUGCUGCAAUUUCGUGUUUUUCAUAUUUUUUAUGUAGGUUAAUUUCUGAAUAAAUUAACUUACAAACUUUGUUCCCAAUAAAAAAAAAAAUUACAAACUUUGCGACUUUAUUUUCUUUAUUUAGGUACUAAUAGUCUAGACUCCUCUCUCUUAUAUUUUUCUUGGUUAUUAUAUCAAGUGUGUUAAAAUAAUGCUCCUAGACAAUCUAACUGUUUUCCACCACCAUCAGGAAUGGUAAAAUUGAAUGUGGAUGCAAGUGUCCUUGGGGAUGGGAAGAUAGGUUUUGGGGCUAUUUUCAGAAAGGAGAAUGGAGAGGUUCUUGCGUGUGCACCGAAAUGCUUUGUUGGAUAUUGGUGUCUUGAAGUUGCUAAAGCAUAUUUCUUUGGCUUAUGGGAUGAGUUUGGCUUCUGAUUUAUAUUUUCUGAAUUUAGUCUCUGAAUCUAAUUGUCAAGGGAAUAUUUCUAUGCUUCAGCGGCAGGUUAAUCUUGAGAGUAGUCUUGGCGUGGCACUUUCUGAUUGUAUCUAUUUUGGGGGCAAAUUGUCGUCUUGUUUAUGGUCAUUUGCACUUAGAGAUUGUAAGUCAGUAGCUCAUGCUCUAGCUAAAUUCUCUAAUGGGGUAACCAUUUAAAAGUUAAAAACACCCUUUCCUUUUUGAUACCUAAAGACCGAGUCAAAUUGUCAAAUGAUUCAAUUAAAGAGUCAAAUGAUCAAAUAGACCUGAUAAUAUUGAAACUGUUUAUCGCUUCUUUCUCCAUUGCAGAUCAUUUUAGAAGGUAUGGUGUUGAUUUUUCAAUUGGUGGAAUCUGAGUAUUUGUAUUCCACAAUCAGUUUCCUUGCGCCUCCAAGA